AUGGGCAAAGAGAAGGGCGCUGGCUUCAACAGCAACGUGGGGAUGGAGAACAGUGAUUACCUUUCCGUCUUCUUCCAUGUUCUCCUGCCUGUCGCAUAUGAGGUUAUUGGUGGUGUUCCUGGGGGAUGGGCAGAUCCCGGCAUACAUCACAGAGAACGGUAUGACCCUGGGCUGGUGCUGCUAGCACGGGAGCCGAGCUGCGGGUUUGGGGAGGCAGCCUGGGCACAGAUCAUCAGCCUGCUCCAGGGACUGGCACAGGGCCACACACUGGCACUCCUACAGGAGGGUGAGGAGGGGGAUGUAGGGGCCACGGCAGCCUCUCCACUGGGGGAUCCUGCCCUCUCUCUGCGGCCCCUGGGUACCCCUCUCCCUGAGAACGUGGAGGCCAUGGAGAGACUGAGACAGAGGCUGCAGACACACUGGGGACUACUGCAGACCGCAGAUGCUCUGGGGAAAGAGGCAAAGAACAAAGGACAGAACCAGAACCAGUACUGAAGUAAUCCAGGAACUGAAGUGAUCUCCACACCAGUUGGGCUUGUAACUAGGGGAGAAGAUCCAUCUCCCAGCCUUCCACGAUUCAACCAUCUGUUGGCUAUUUCACUAUCUCUUCAUUGAAAAUGUCUGGAACUUGCAGCAAUGUGUAAUCUCCAUAUAUGAUUAUCAUGGUUACUGUCUGUUUUCAACCCUUCCAU